CAGGCCAGCGAGCAUUACAUUGGGUGUUCCCAGACUAGUCACUUGUCGUCCUGACACGCUGAAUCUUUUAGAGUUUUUAUUUCAUCUUUAGCUUCCACUGACUUCACCAACAAUGCGCGAGUGUGUGUCUCUACAUAUUGGCCAGGCGGGCGUACAGAUCGGUAACGCAUGUUGGGAGUUGUAUUGCCUUGAACACGGCAUACAACCAGACGGUAUGAUGCCAUCGGAUACGACCGUAGGCCUUGAGAACGACUCGUUCAACACGUUUUUUAGCGAGACGGGAGGGGGAAAGCAUGUCCCCAGGGCUGUUAUGAUCGACUUGGAGCCCACUGUGAUCGACGAAAUCCGCUCAGGAACUUACCGGCAACUGUUUCACCCCGAGCAGUUGAUCUCUGGGAAGGAAGACGCUGCGAAUAACUACGCGCGAGGACACUACACCAUCGGGAAAGAGAUCAUUGACCAGACUUUGGAUCGAGUCCGAAAAUUGACGGAGAACUGCACCGGUCUGCAGGGGUUCCUGAUCCACCACAGCUUCGGCGGCGGCACGGGGUCGGGGUUCACGGCCCUCCUGAUGGAGAGACUGUCCGUAGAGUACGGCAAGAAGUCCAAACUGCAGUUCUCCAUCUAUCCUGCUCCACAGGUGUCCACUGCAGUGGUGGAACCGUACAACUCCAUCCUGUCCACCCACACCACCCUGGAGCACUCCGACUGCUCCUUCAUGGUGGACAACGAGGCUCUGUACGACAUCUGCCGCCGAAACCUUGACGUCGAGCGGCCCACCUACACCAACCUCAACCGCAUCAUCGGUCAGGUGGUGUCGUCCAUUACCGCCUCCUUGCGGUUUGAUGGUGCACUGAACGUGGAUCUGACUGAGUUUCAGACCAACUUGGUGCCGUACCCCCGCAUCCACUUCCCCCUGGCCACCUACGCCCCGAUCAUCUCGGCGGAGAGAGCCUACCAUGAGCAGCUGGAGGUUGGGGAGAUCACCGCCGCUUGCUUUGAACCGGGCAACCAGAUGGUCAAGUGCGAUCCUCGACAUGGGAAGUACAUGGCGUGCUGUCUGCUGUACCGUGGUGACGUGGUGCCCAAGAACGUGAACACCGCCAUUGCGAGAAUCAAGACUCAAAGGACCAUUCAGUUUGUGGACUGGUGCCCAACUGGCUUCAAGGUUGGGAUCAACUACCAGCCUCCCACCGUGGUGCCUGGUGGAGACCUGGCCAAGGUGCAGCGCGCCGUGUGCAUGUUGAGCAACACCACCGCCAUCGCUGAGGCCUGGGCCCGACUGGAUCACAAGUUCGAUCUGAUGUACGCCAAGCGUGCCUUCGUCCAUUGGUUCGUGGGAGAAGGUAUGGAGGAGGGAGAAUUCUCAGAGGCCAGAGAAGACCUGGCGGCCCUGGAGAAGGACUACGAAGAGGUUGGAACCGACUCCUUCGAAGAGGAGGAUGGCGAGGACGAGGAAUUCUAGCUAACAAACCUAGAGUAUGAUAACAUUUCCUUUUGGCGACGCCUCUGGGACGGGGCCUCGUCUUAGCGCUUAUUCCAGUAGUUCUUUCCUUAGCGAAAUAACAAAAUCUAGAUUCUUCCACUUGUAAAGUGGCAAAUGAGGGCUUAUCUAAUGUCACGCGGGAGAUAUAGCAGCAGUUCACACUACGUACGAAAACUACAUUACAAAUGAAAUUGCUUUACAAGGCUUCAUUGGUGUUACGUGUUACAGAAUAUGCAUAAAAACGGUAUGAUAGUACACUCACAUUCAGAUGUAAAGGGUUACACAGCAAUGUUCUUUUUCAUUGCUGCAGGAACUGUUCCUCUUGUUGAAACUAGUUUGUCAUGUGACGGGCCGUAUGUCAAUACGCUAUUUUGAGAUUAGGCCUGGAUAGAUUGUCUUGAUACUUGGCAUGUGGGUAUAUAUGUUUUAAUGAGACAAUUAAAAUGAUUGGCGGCCUGGCGAGGUUUUGCGGCACUACAAAGGAACUUCCAGUUUUCAUAUUUCGUGUUCUGGACAUGUUAUGGUCGUCAUUUUUGGUAGAUAGUUAUUAGUUGGGGCAACAUGAAGUAAGUGGUGUGAGUUUUGCCUCAAUGUUACUUUAUUUAAACUGCGGGGGGGUGUUUUAUUAGAGAUUAUCAUUAAUCUCCAAGCAGAUCUUACAACGGCAUAAGAUAGUACUAAACUGGCCAAGGAGUGUAGUCAGCCAAGAGGUGUCCAUUUGCCGGUAGCGAAACACACUCCUAAGCCAGCUUCACUCCUCUGCCAGCUUUUGAUACUAUCUUAUGCUACCAUAGGAUCUACUUGGAGAUUAAUUAUCAUAUUGUAAUAUACAUUCUAGCGGAUCUGCUCAAUGCAUACUGUAUUUGCAACGAAGUAAUUUAUAAGAAAGAACAAUGCAACAUCGUAGCAUAUAGAUGCUUUUUAUUGUAUGGCUUUGAAAAUGCUUUUUAGAUUAACAUGCAGUAAAUCAUUAACAUCAUUC